UUUGCGGGUGAUACGUGUGCAAGUGAUUCAAGUUGCUCCUGCAGGAUGUGUUCCACAAAUCCAGCAAAUUGGGUUACCUUCGAUGAUGAGCCGCUCUUCCAGUCUUCUCUGAAAUCAGCUGAAAAUCAGAGUAGUUGCAGAGCAAAUGGCCUAAAGCUCAAUCUCUCUAAUGUGCCUGAACCCUCCAGCAGGUCCUCUUCGACAGGCAGCACUCCGCUCUCCUCUCCUGUCGUUGACUUUUACCUAAGUCCUGGACCCCCCAGUAACUCUCCGCUUACUACACCUACCAGGGACUACCCAGUAAGCCCAUGUAUCCCCAAGUCUGGGGUCCACAUCCUUUAUCCUAUUCCUGAAUGGCCACCAAAAGCUAACUGUCUUCCAUCACCUGGCGAUUGCCCUUCCUUAACUUCACAGAAACCGAGCAGCCUUCCUGUGAACACCUUGACUGAUGACAAUCCAGUUAAGGGAGUCUCCAGAUCAACAGAUGAAGGGAAUCCCAAUCUGCAGGAAAGCUGUGAUGAGUUAGGAGAGCCCUCGGAGUGCUUCCCGUACUUCCAGAGUGACUGUGCUUUCUCCAGUCCCUUCUGGAAAGAAGGAUGUUCACUCAGCACGUCGCCACCUCACCUCACCACACAGAGGAAGGACAAAGCGCUUGACAGAAACAUUUGUCCUUCUAAAGAAAGAGAAACCUGGCACGAUCAGAAGAGCCUUAACCAGGGUUCCUUCAGCUAUGUCUGUGAACGGCUGGAACACCUGCAGACGGCCGGCGAUGCGCGCGCCUGGCAUGGCCUCCCCUCCACCUGCGGGCACGGACUCUUCAGGAGCCAGCACGCAGACGGGUGGCCCUUCAUGCUGAGGAUUCCCGAGAAGAAGAACAUGAUGUCAUCUCGGCAGUGGGGCCCUAUUUACCUCAAAGUUCUUGCUGGGGGUGUGUUACAAAUGUAUUAUGAAAAGGGCCUAGAGAAGCCUUUCAAGGAAUUCCAGUUGCAGCCACACUGUAAGCUUUCCGAGCCCAAGCUGGAGAGCUAUAAUGUUUCAGGAAAAAUUCAUACUGUGAAGAUUGAGUGUGUGUCCUACGUGGAGAAAAGGAAGUAUCAUCCCAAAGUAGAAGUGAUCCAUGAACCGGAGGCUGAGCAGAUGUUAAAGUUGGGAACCACGGAUUAUAACGACUUCACUGAUUUCCUUGAAACCAUUGAGGACGAGCUCAUGAAACUUCCUGCCACUUCUAAACAAAAGCGAAAUUAUGAAGAACAAGAAAUGACUCUAGAAAUAGUGGACAACUUUUGGGGUAAAAUCACUAAAGCUGAAGGAAAACUUGUGGAAAGUGCUGUCAUCACACACAUUUACUGUUUAUGUUUUGUGAAUGGGAGUACUGACUGCUUUUUAACUUUAAAUGAUCUAGAACUCCAGAAAAGGGAUGAACGCUACUUGGAGAAGGAGACGGAGAAGAAAUGGAUUGAUAUUCUAGAUUACCAUUUCCACAGCUGUGUUAAAACACAGGAAUUUGAGCAAUCGCGAAUUAUUAAGUUUACACCUCCUGAUGCCUGCAGGCUGGAGCUAAUGCGUUUCAAGACGCAGUAUAACGGACGAGACCUUCCAUUCUCGGUGAAGGCUGCUGUUGUGGUUCAGGGAGCAUACGUAGAACUUCAGGCUUUUAUUAACACAUCUUCAACUGCUCUGACACCAACGCGUUUACCUUCUGUGAAGCACUGUGAAAACGUUAUGAUACGCUUCCCAGUUCCUGCACAGUGGAUCAAAGCACUUUGGACCAUGAACCUCCAGAAGCAGAAGUCCCUAAAAGCGAAAAUGAAUAGAAGAACGUGCCUUGGCUCCUUACAUGAGAUUGAAUCUGAUCCUGUAAUACAAGUGUCAGUUGGAACGGCAAAAUAUGAAAGCGCCUAUAGGGCUGUGGUGUGGAAGAUAGACAGGCUUCCAGAUAAAAACUCAAGUUCAGAUCAUCCACACAGUCUGUCUUACAAACUAGAGCUCGGAUCAGACCAGGAAAUACCUUCUGACUGGUACCCAUUUGCUAUGGUGCAGUUUGUCAUCCAUGAGGCCUGUGCCUCAAGAACGGAGGUCAAGUCCCUGGGCGUUGAGAGCGACGUGCAGCCCCAGAAACACAUCCUGCAGAAGGCGUUUUACAACUGCCAGGUUGAAAUUGAGAAGAAAUGGAUUAGGCUUGAUGGAGAAGAUCCAGAUAAGGCUGGCAGCUGCCUAAUGCAGUAAAAGAGGACAGCAGGUGCCAUCAUGUAGUAUUAGUAGGAACUCAUUUCCAUGGGAAACUCUAUUGAUAGACAAAGUG